CCUCAUAAACGCAUAAAGCACACUACUCUUUAAGAUCUCUCAUUAUCGACAAGCUUUUUUCCUUCUUUAUAUAACAUCUAACUCUUCUUGUUGUUCUUCUACUCAUCUUAACUACUUUUCUCCAGUGAACAUCCGAAAGGUGCUCUCAAGCCCUUCCAGAAAAAGAAUGCUACUACUGUGACAGUGUUGUGACAGUCAAAGCAAAGUCAUUUGUCUCUCUCUCUCUCUUCACACGUUGUCCUGCUCCUCCUGCCAACUCUGUCACUUUCACUGUGAAAAAGUCCUCAGAGAGAGAGAGAGAGAGAGAGAGAGAGAGAAGAAGAAGAAGAAGAAGAAGAAGAAGCAUUCUCUCUAAGAUCACCAGCAGCAGCAUGGAUUUCAAAACAUCAAAGUAUAUAGCAAGGGAAUCACCAUUAGAGGAUAAUGCAAGCUUGUACUGUAACAACAAGGAAAACCCAUUUGCAGAGGCCUUUCCUGAUCCUCUUUGCAAGCUAAACCUCAAGGAGACAUCAGAGUUUGUGAAGGCAUUCCCUAUGAACAACAACAAGAACAGCAAGGACAUCUUAGCUCAGAGGAAGAAAGUAGAAGCACCUUCAACUCCUGGCAGGCCUUUGUUUAGAUUCAGUCCAGGGAAUCCCCCUAGAAAGAGCAUUCCUUCCAAGUGGGAUGAUGCUGAGAAGUGGCUCAACAGCACUUCUUGCCAUGAAUCCCCUGCUCAUGUUGAGAAGAUGAACUCAGUACCACCAGAAGUAUUUCUCAAAGAUAAGUUUACGGACAAUGUGAGGCAUUUGGAGCCCAUGAAAGAAGGAUUUGUUUUCAGAAACUCGUCAUACUGUGAGUCCAUGAAAGAUGCUGCAACUGAAGUGGCUGCAGAGGUUCAACAUAGAGAUAUUGGCACUGAAAUGACUCCUAUUGGGAGCUCCAUUGCAUCUAGAUGCAAUACUCCUAUCAAGAGUCCAUCUCCAGCAAGGCACAACACUCCAGCCAACAGGUCUGGCCCUCUGGUGGCCUCUAACACUGCUGCCAUUGAUAUCUCAGAGCUUCAGGAUUGUCAUUUUGCUAAGCUCGAGCUGAGUGCUCAGUAUGAUUCACUGGUUUCAAAUUGGAGCUCAAGGGAGGAAGAAGAAGAGGAGAUAUCAAAGAGUCUAAGACAUUUUGAGAUAAGUGCUGGCAGGAAGAGCAUUACUGAAUGUAGAGCAUCUGCUUGGGAAGAAGAAGAGAAAGCAAAGAGCUGCAGCAGGUAUCAGAGAGAGGAGGCAAGGAUUCAAGCUUGGGUGAACCUCCAGAAUGCAAAAGCAGAAGCUCAAUCCAGAAAACUGGAGGUGAAAAUACAGAAGAUGAGAUCAAAUUUAGAGGAGAAGUUGAUGAAAAGGAUGGCUAUUGUUCAAAGGAAGGCUGAGGAAUGGAGAGCAGCUGCUCAGGUGCAGCAUUCACAGCAGUUACUGAAAACUGCUGGGCAAGCACAGAGGAUGAAAAUUCAACAAAGCUCUUCUCAUUUCGCUGAUCACACAUCUUGUGGAUGUUUCCCUUGCAAUAACAAUCUCUAAAAGCAAACAAAAGUCUUCCUUUUUGUCUCUCCUCCCCUAUGUAAUUUUCCAGGACUCAAAUUGCAGUAAAAAAAAAAGAUGAAGAAAAGUCAAUUUGAUUCCUCAAUCUUGUUUAGUGUCCUGUAUUCAACUUUAAAUACAAUACUUUGCAGAGUUCAAGGGGGGGAAGAAGAACAAGUUUGUUGUCUUCUAUCUUCUAAAUUUAUGUGUUUCUUUGACUGACUUGGAGAGAGAUAGAGACAGUGAACUCAGAAAUUAUUAUUGCAAAGUUCAAGAAGUAGUAAGCAAGUAUUUCCUUUUGGCAGUGCAAAGAUGUCUUCAAGUGAAUGCCUUUCUUGGCA